AUGUCAGAUUUUAAAGGGUUUAAAGAUUCAUUUUUGAAGUCUAAUUCACAGUCGGGUACUAAUUCAGCUGUGUCUGGUUCAGGCUCGGAAUCUAUAUCCCCACCACAAGAUUCAAAGGACAGGGGAUUGAACAUUCCAAGUAUACAUAUCAAAACAGACUCAGCAGAUAAAUUAGCAUCGAAGUCCUUAGAUAUUAAGAAGCAGUUAUCACAAUCUUUUCAGGGAAAUAGUUUGACUCAACAGCAUGGGGGAAUUUCCAAACCUCAGUCCAGAAAAAACUCAAUAAUUGCUAUCAAAUCUAAUAAUGCAAGCGAGGAUGAAGGCGAUGACGAUGACAAAGAUGAUCCACAAGUAAAUGAAAGGAAGAGAAGAGAUAAUAUCAACGAAAAAAUACAGGAGUUAUUGACAUUAAUUCCGGCAGAGUUUUUCCAAGAAAACCCUCCACCAGCAAAUCAACCACAACAACAACAGACACAGCAAUCAGAAAACGAUGCGGCGAUUGCAGCAGCGGUUAAGAAUUCUGGUACUAAAGACGGUAAGCCAAAUAAAGGGCAAAUAUUAACUAAAUCUGUGGAAUACUUGCAAUAUUUGCAGAAUCUAAUCGAUGAAAAUAAUAGAAAAGAGGUUGAAUUAGUUAUGAAGUUGAGGAACUUGGAGCUACAAGAACAAAAUAGACAGCAAAAUAUACCUAUUAACGUAGGUCAUACAAGCGCAGAAAAAGCUUUAGGUAAGAUAGGGGUUGGUCCAUUGUCUGAUGACUAUUUUAAGCUGGUUUUGAUAAAUAGUGCUGGAACAAAUAAAUCAGGUCAGAGGAAAGGAAGUACGUUUUCAGUUAGUCCUUAA